UAUUUAACUCAUCGACGAGUAGAGGGACAUCACAUUUAGUGAGAACGGCUGAUCGGGCAGUUGCUGUGUUGGCUUGAAUCGAGCUUGAGGAUUCUCCCUCCGUCUCGCUAAAGAAAGUUGUGACUGCGUGGAAAUUCGUGUCCUCAUCGACCAAAGAUCAUUCUGUUUACGCGUUUGUAACACAAACGAGGAUUAUCAACAGUGAAACAACCAGAGUGGUGUGUGAUGCCUUUGUGGAUUUAUUGCUGUGUGGUGCUGUUUGUACACGCAAACGCACAAACAAAUGAAAGACGGCGGCAAUGGAUUGAUGAACCGCAGAAGGGACCCUGGUCAGAGACGUAUAACAGCCUGAUUGAUAUUGACGUCUACAACCCAGUUGCCCAGGAUGAGUAUGAGGAAGCCAGUGGAUCAGGCAGUGGUGGGGGGGGCCUGGUCACUGACGAUGAAGACCUCCUCCUGUCUGGCUCUGGCUCAGGAACAGAUAUGUCAACCUCCACCACUACAACUAUGACCACAACCACUACAACAUCUUUGGCACCACGUACACCCUGUGAGCAGCUUCGUGAAGCGAGCAAGCAUCUGCUGGGCAACUACGUUCCACGGUGCACAGUAGAUGGAGACUAUGACAGCCUGCAGUGCCGUGGUCAUCCAGGCACUGGCACCUGCUGGUGUGCUGAUCUUGGCGGUCGGGAAAUUCCAGGCACAGCACACCAGGCACACACCCCUGAUUGUAUACAAGGAACAAAUUUACCUCCUUGUGUCUUUAAGCUGGUUCAGCACUCGCGCAGUGGCCUGCUGGGCACUUUCAGGCCUCGCUGCUCUUUGGAUGGCAACUUUGAGCCCAAGCAGUGUGUUGGUUCCAUGUGCUUCUGCGUGAACAUAAAUGAUGGUGUCAAAAGGCCUGGCACUGAAGUGUACUUGCCUGAUGACCCAGUGUGUGACAGAAAAGAUGAUCAGAGGACAACAUUAGGUGUGCAGAUGGUAACUGAUUUUAAGGUGACCCCCACGACCCUACGUACAAGUACUGUCAAAGACAGCAGCAGUGGUCGUAAGAUUGAUGUUAACAUUGGAACAGAAAAACCUAGAGAAGAGAAGACAACAACCCCCACUUCCAAUGACACUGGCAACAAGGAGCCUGUGAAAGAACCCAGCUCUGCAGCACAUGUAAUGACACAGCCCGGUAUUUUAGCAGCAAUUAUUGGAGGAGCAGUGGUGUUGCUGCUGUGUGCCAUCCUGUUGGUGAUGUUUGUGGUGUAUCGUAUGCGCAAGAAGGACGAAGGCAGCUACGCACUGGAGGAGCCAAAGAAACUGCCUUACUCAUACCAACGUGCACCUGACAAAGAGUUCUAUGCCUGAAGCUGUUGGGCUUAGUUUUCAUCUGGACAGACUUUUCUUAUAGAGCAGCUCAUUAUCAAGCAAGCAAACAAGAAUCAUCAGCAGUCCACCACCUGACCACCACAAAAUACUACACGCUCUUCACAAAGCUGAGGACAAUGGCUAUUGUGAGGGACAGAGCAUCUGCAGUGUGUUGUUCGCAAGAGCAGUCUUGCUGAAUGGGCUGGGUUUUUUUUUUUAAACUAAAGGGCAGGGGAUAAUUAUAAGUAAUGGUUGAUGCCUGUGUCUGAUAAAUGAGAGGGUUAGUAAGAGGGAGUACAGGCUCUACUUACAAAAAAAAAGUUUUAGAGCUGGUCUUCAUCUGGGGGUAGACACAUUAGCAAACAGUCUCCAGUUCUCUCCUCAUAUCCCCAAUCCCACAUUGGAAGAGCUGGCAGGACUAGACUAGGCCAGCUUGGUGCAUUACUCCUUCCCAAGUUCCAAAGCAAUCCUUUUUUGUUUUUUGUUUUUAUUUUGGGGUGGUGGGUGGUUAGGAUUGGAGAGACAUGAGAGAAGCAGGUGUGGCCUGUCAGUAGGAACUGAGAGGAAGAUUACUACUAACAGACUAUCAAAGUAAACUUGCAUCUAAAGAUUUUGAGAAAGAAACGUGAGCAGAGUUGUGAUGUGAACAUCAAGUUGCCACAUAUUCCUUCUGCUUCCAAACCUGCCCCUUCUCUCCACACACCUGCCCCCAAAAAUUGAAAGUAUUAAAUAUAAAUCAAGGUAAAGAGCAAAGAAAGCUUACAGUUAUCUUGCCCUGUUAGUCCAUUUUUGAGGUCUUGAGAGAGAUUCUUAACAAAAAGCUCAUUGGUGAUGACAGUGCCUCGUUGAAUUUUAGAGAUGAUUUUACAACACUGCAUGCUCCUAGCAUUGCAUGCACAUUGAAUUUUGUCAUUUGUUUCAUGUUUUGCCAAAAACUUGCAUUCAUUAGAGUCACAAGGACAGUCCCAGGAAGGAAGCAGUUCAAACUCCCUACUGAUGCCUGUCUCUCCCUCCUUUGUCCACCUUUUUUUUUGUACAGGAAUUUUUAUUUGUCAGUACAGUGUUCACGGGUUGAUGUCACUAUGCUCAGAGUUUAUCUUCUGGAUCAUGUAGAGGUAAACAUUCAAUUUUAAAAAAAAAGUUUACAAGAAGUCAUUUCAAAACAAUUUUUUUUAAAUGUUCUUUGCUUCCUAUUUGCACAGCUGUGAGCACUUUUAUUUUGGAUGUGUAGGAUAUAUAAAGGGGUGAAAGGAUUCAAGCUUUCCUGUAGGCCCAAACUUUGAGUGAACCUAGGGCCUAACUUAUUGUUGUGGACGUUGGAGGGAAAGCCGAAAUGAUAUAACCAUAUGCUGUGAAUAUUUUUAAUACUUGGUUUUAUUCUGUAACCUGUAAAAAUGUGUGACAAAUCACCAAUGCAGAUUUGAUAAUGAGAGAUGGUACUAGUUGUUUGUUAGUUUCAUUUUUAGGCAAAAUUUUUCUGGAGAGUGGUAGUUCAUUUUAAAGAAGUGCCAAUUUUUUUUCUGUUUUUCUCCCAUUUUUGAAAAAAAAAAAAAAUUUCCCCUUGCUUGAUUCCUCCAGUACUUAAUUAUUUGCUAGUGUAACAAAAAAGGAAUAGGCUGAAGAGAAAGGGCUUUUUACAGCAUGUUUUGGCAACAGUUGUCACAAUGGAUGCUUAGCACCAGAUAAUCCUCUCGUCAAGUGUGUCAUGUUUGCAUCCAGUUUAUUCUCCUGAUUAUACGUGUAUAGACUGCAUUUAUUUGGCUGUCUUGUUCAUUGAUGUAGGAGUAUUUUACACACAAAGAGGCGACAGUGUACAUAUAUCAACUUUUUUUUUUUAAAGGUUUAUUUAUUAAUAAAAUAUCUGUCCUGACCUUUUUUUUUUUUUUUGCUAUAUUUUUUUUUUAAAUUGAAAAAUGGUCGUCAUUUUGAACUAGUGGAUAUUGCCAAUUCCUUUUUUAUAUCACCCAAUCCUUUUAAUGGCAAAAUUUUUGUAUAAUAUAGGAUUGCUGUGACAAGACUUGGAACUUCUUGAUAGAUUUAUCUUCUCCCUCAUUCUUAUUUUUAUUCUGUUUGCCAAUUUUGUUGUUCUCCGUCACCAACCUUUGUCUGUCCCACUGCUGCUAGCAAUAGUUGUUAUCAUUGCGUUUUUACAUUUCUCUCCCCUAGGAUUCUAUACAAAACCUAAUCUUUAUGAGUAUCCUGUAGGGUGAUCAGGCGUAUUUGAAUUGAAUUAAGCGAUGUUUUAAUUGUCUUUUCCCUAUUUAUAUUUUUCCUUUUUGUUUGUUGGAUGGUAUUUUAGGAUUUGUCAUCAGUAGUUUUCAUAUACCACACCAUUAUUUUACGUACAAUAUUUCAUUUAACUGUAAAUGCUACAGAUCACUUCCUAGCCAUCGGACACCUAUGCAGAAGUUCAAAUUACAGUUAUUAACAUAAUGUGAUCAGGUUACAGUUCUGCAUUAGGUUUUGGUUUGCAUGAUACAAUAAUUGUUUAAUGAUAUACUUUUGUUGUGUUGUGGAUUACUGUGUUAAGGGCAAAUUUUUGCUAUACAUUUAAAGAAUAUUGUUUAUUGGAUGUGCAUGCGAGAGAGAGAAAGAGAGCAUGCACAUAAGAUUAGUACUAAACUAAAAAUGUAUGCUUUAGAAGCACAGACCACCCUAGUGGCCAUGGUUUGAUCAUUUUUAAAACUUGCUCUUUGCAUCUGUACAUGUUAGUUUUCUCUCUCACACACUACAUCCACACUUGUUUUUAAUGUCAAAUAGUUUCAUGUUGUCUGGGGAGAAGGGAUUUGAUUGCUUGAUCUUAACAAUUUUGGUGAAAUCUGUGCCCAUGCCAAAACCAUCAGUCAUGAGUUCCCUUUACAAUAAAUUUCACCUUUUGGUAAUUUCUGAAUUUGAGAAAUCUGUCUUAAGGGAUGUCUUGAAAAAAUACAGAUAAAUGCUUUUUAAGAAUAAAGUGAUUUGUGGAGAGACGGUGUGUGUGUAUGCAUGCACUCGCUUGCAUGCAUGCCUAUGCAUAUUUGUGUGGAUGUUUUGGAGACAACCAGAUGUCACAGGUUCCAUGGCAUGUGCUUUCCCUACCCUUUUCCCACUAAAGUUAAGCAUAGAAGCAAAUAUUGGACCGAGACUCUUUGGAGCAAGUGAUACAAAUUACCUGAAUGCUCAGUUAGUUGGACGUUGGUUUUUGCCUUGGCACUAAAGUUUUUCCUCAGGAAAGUAGAGAUGAACAAGUUCAGCUGCUUCAUGGCUGUUGACACCUGUUAGUGUGUGUGUAUGUGUGUGUUGAAUGCUGCAGAUGUUUGUGGACGAAGCAGGUAAUACAGCCCUAAUUUUUUUCCCCAUGGACAAAGUAACCUUUUUUUUAAUUCUACAUGACUAACCUGAUUUUUAAUGAAGAAUUGCUUUUAGGAGCCUUAAUUUUUUACUUAAUAGUAAGUUUGUCAGAUUUUGUUUGAAAUGCAAUUACAGUAUAUAAAAAAAAAGAGAACCCUGUCAACUUAUUCAAUAAAAGUAUUUUUUCAACAUGAUUAAUGCAGUUGUGUUUUUAUGCCCCCUCCCCCCCAACUUUCAAUGCCUUGGGUUGUACUAUAUCUUGUUAGUAGAUAAACUUGAUAGGAAAAUAUUCUUCUCUGUAUACUUUACCUAUGAAAUAGUUACUAUGUAAUUAGUCUCAAGUUCCUUGGGGAUGCCUUUAUUGUGUCUGUAUGUAGAGUGCAGAAAAAAAGGGAGAUGUGAUCUCCCACAACCGCACAUAUUAACAUAGUUUCAUACAGAUAAAUGUUUUUUUUCUGUUUUUGUGCUGUGAAGGGAUGCCUGUACUCCAUGUCAUCAUCUUUGUAUUAAUGUGUGCUAGAUUAUUUGCUGCUUCAUGAAAAAACUUUAACAAAGGUGAUUUGAACAAUGGAGUGGGGUGGUUUAGGAAAUGAGCACUGAACUAGGGGCAUAUUUGUAAAGUUGCAGUGAACACCAAACAUGCCUCGCUGCUCCCACAACUUUAGAAGUACAUUGUGUACAUAGCUUGAGGCAUGCAUGUUGUUCCCAUGUGGUUCCGAGUCGAGCCCAUGAACACUCUUAAGAUGUGUACACCUCUUUUAGAUCUUACGGGAAAACAGUAUACAUAAUAUUUGUCAUGUUCAAAGAAAUGCCAAUGAAAAUGUUGUCAUUCUAUGUUUUAUUCAAAUUAAAAUCGAAAAGAUUUUUGUUUCUGAUGACUUCCAUCUUCAUUAUGUGGUUGUCUUGUAACAUAAUAAACAGUAGAAUACCUAAGCAAAAGAUAUCCCCCUCCAUACAUGUACAAUGCGCAGGAAAUAAGGACGAGGGAUAUAAAAUGAUGAAGAAAACUUUUUUUUUUUUUCCCAAUGUUUACAGUUCCCAUGAACCUCCACUGUGCAAGCUAUUAUGCUAUGUUUGCCUUGGCAUCAUUGUCACAAGAGCCAGUGACUUUUUUCAUCUGAACACAAUCAUUCAUGAUGAGAAUGCACCAAAACUUGGUGUAGAAAACAUGUACUGACCUCUUACCACAUGCUAGUGGUAGACAAAUCAGAGUUGUGUAACUGAUCAGACCUUCAUGUUGCCUGGUUAAUGUGCUGACAGCAUAACCCAAGCUACAGAUUGGGAAUGUACUUAAAAAUAUAGUCCUCUCUAGUUUCAAAAUCCUUUCUUUAUUCAUCUUACAAUGUGUACUUUUUAUACAUUUUUUUCAAAACUGUUCAGUACUCCCCAUGUAAUCAAAGUACUGGACACUGCCAAAACCUUUUUUUUUUAAAUAAAAUUUGUCUAGAUUGUUUAUGAACACCAGUAGAUCAGUGUGAAUUGUUUUGUUGAUGAUUGCAGUUAACCAGUCAGCAAGCUGGCCUUCUCAGCUCCCCAUCUCUGUUUUCUGCUAGCACCUGUGUUAUGUGUAUUUGUGAUGAACAUACUUUGCUAUAGGUCAAUACUGUGUAAUUGCCUGAUCAGAUGUCUCCUGCACCCAUCAAAUCAUGUCAACAGUUAUUCAUUUAUGUCCUUUCAGCUUCUGGAUUUAGUGGUCCAAUGUCAAGUUACUAGCAAAGUUUGUUGUAUAGUCUGCCUAGCAUGUUCAUAACUGUGAAAUUAGAGCAUGGAAACAGUAUGUACAGUUGUCCAGUCUUUUCCCCGUGUCAUCCCACCGAAGCAAGUAGAUGGCAUCAUUGAAUAAAACUUGCUGCUCUAUUAUCAUCGAAGGAUCAUGAGAUUUUAAUAUUUUUCUUUGGUUUUUGGAAUUUGGAAACUGAGAAAUACCACCUGAAAAUAUUUUGUUGCACAGUUGAUCCUGUAAUUGAGCAAUUAAACUUUUCAUUUAAGCAGCUCAUAGGAGUUCUCAACAGGGCAUCAUUUAAAGCAAGCAUGUACACUUGCCUGCUGCACUUUGGCAGUCUUCUAUGAGGACAUUUUUCUCUUAUCAGAAGUGUACUCCCUCCAGUCCUGUGGUUCCUCCUACCCUCAACAGCAACUGAGAGAUUUGUGUAAUUUUGCCCUAUUGUUGUAGGUUCAGAAGAUGAUGUUCUUAGAUUGUUGCCCUCCUUUUUAUCUACCAGAAAUUUGGGCUCGCUUGAGGAAAACCAACAAGCACUUUUUUCUGUGAGAUUUUGGUACAUUUUGUUCACACAAGAGCCACCUUUUUUUCUGAAAAUACCAUGGUUGUGACAGAUUUAUUCAGUGAUGCCAUCCAUCGAUGUACCAUGCUCUGUACACAACGGUUUCAACAUUCUAAUCUUGAUCGUGUAUAAAUUUUGACAAUUAAAACUGUUAAUAAUACAAA